AUGAAUAAGGAAUAUUCAUGUAUUGGAUUAAAUGAUUUACCUGAUGAAAUUCUUAUGAUUAUUUUCAAAAAACUGAACAAUUUUGAUGUACUUUAUUCUUUACAUGGUGUCAAUCAACGAUUAAAUAAACUUAUUCAGGAUUCAAUUUUUACAAAUCGUUUGACUUUUGUUAAAUGUUUCUUAUAUAAUUUUAUUGAUCUAAUUUCUUCUGAUAUGAUUCUUAAUCGAUUUUGUUUACAAAUUUUACCUGAAAUUUGUCAUAAAAUCAAACGGCUUGAUCUUGAAUCAUCAUCUAUGAAAUAUGUUUUACGUGCUGCUCAUUAUCCUAACUUAUAUUGUCUUGGUCUUUAUAACAUUAAUGAAGAAUCAGCGCGAUGUCUUUUUACUGAUGAAAUUCUUUCAUCUGGUAUUUUCAAAAAUCAGAUUAAAAUGCUUUUAAUUACAAUGGAUAAGAAUGAUGAUUAUUAUGAGAUGAUAUCGUCAGUGGAAAACAUAUGUAAUUACAUCUUCAAUAUUCUUACCCGUUUGACGAGUUUAACAUUAUAUGAAACAUCGUAUCGAUGUCCUGUUCGAUUAAAUUUUUAUAAUCCAUUACCUUUUACUAUUUUUUCUUCAACUAUUUUGAUAUUAAAUGUCAGAGUACAAUGUUUCGAAGAUUGUCUUUAUCUUCUCGAUGGGCGUUUUAAUCAACUUCAUACGCUCUAUGUUGAUUUAGUUAAUAUUCAUUGUCCACGAAAACUUAAAAAUCAGGGUGAUUUGCCAAAUUUAAGGUGUUUUUCUCUCUCCUGCAAUUACGAUGCUAUGGAGUAUGAUAAAACAAUCCUAUCAUUACUAUAUCGAAUGUCAAAUGUAGAGAUACUUAGUUUGUGUUUUAUGGUCUGUUUUCAUGAGACAUUUAUUGAUGGAAACCAUUUAAAGAGACACAUUCUUGAUCGUAUGUUACGCUUAAAUCAAUUCACAUUUUAUAUUAGUUCAUCGAUGUCUAUUGAUAAUGAAAUGCAUUUACCAUCGGGAAAAGAUAUUCAACACACAUUCAUUGACUUUAUAAAUAAUGAAAUUAUUUCUUAUGUUGACUAUUUUCCAGAGACAAAACUUACUCGAUGUCAUAUUUACUCAUAUCCAUCUUUUAUGCCAUAUUAUGGCCUUAUUACAAAUAAUUUUCCAGGUGGAUUAUUCAAAUAUGUUCGUAUCGUGUCAUUAUAUGAUGAAUAUCCUUUUGAACAUGAAUUUUUUCUUCGAAUUGUUCAAUCAUUCCCAUACAUGGAACAAUUAUACAUGUGUAAUCGUAAAUCACAAAAUUGUAAACAAUCUUAUGAAUUAAGUAAUGAUAAUCAGAAUCUAUCUGUUAUUGAAUAUUUUUUUCUUAGUGAACUUCGUAUUAUCAAUGUUCAUGAUGAUUAUAUAGAAGAAUUUCUAUUUGAUACUAAAGCGUGUUUGCCACAUAAUGUUAUUCUUUAUAUCAAAUAUGAAUCUUUACAACGAGUGACAGACAAUUUCACAAGAGAUGCUACACGAAUUAAUUGUGCCAAAAUAGUUGAAUUAUAUUUAUGUAGUGAACCACAACAUUCAAAUUCUUUACAAGGAUAUUUUCCAAAUGCAAAAAUAUCCUUUACUCAAAAAUUUCUUUGCUGA